AUGGCCUCCGUCCUCGGGAAGCGCAAAGCGCCCUCUGCGUCGACCUCCAAGACAAGCAAGCCAAAUGCGACGACUGCUUCAAGCAAGAAUGCUUCGCCGGCAUUGAAGAAGAAGAAGAAGAAGAGCGCCGAGAGCCUCAAGAAGUCUAGCACGACGGCAGUGACGAAGAAGAAGACGACGGCUACCGCGAAGACGAAGGCGAAGAAGGUUGUUGGAAAGGAAGAAGAGGAGGAGGAUACAUCCAUGCUGGACGCGCAAGAAAUUUUCAGACGGCACUUUGAGGCUCAGUUUAAACCGAUUGAGAAGGCCGUGCCGAAGAAGAGCAAGAAGAGCAAAGCCAAGGCUGCAGAGGAGAAGGAGGACGAGGAGGACAGCGCGAGCGCAAGUGAUGAGGAUGUGGAAGACGGCGAAGAAGACGUCUUUGAGGACGAGGGUGCCGACGGCGAGGAAGGAGAGGGGGAGGAAUGGAGUGGACUCUCUGGCGACGAAGAAGACGACUACGACGAGGACAGCGAUAUCCCCUACGACGACAUUGACGAGAACCCCGUCAUCGAGGUCGUAGACCACACCAAAUCCAACGCCCAACCCAUCGUCAGCAUGAGCAAGCGCGAACUCAAGGCCUUCAUGUCCUCCAAACCACCCUCCCAAACAGACCCCUCACCAACCUCCCUAACAGCCGCCCAAACCCCCGAAGACCCCUCCGACGAAAACGACAAAUCCAUGCUCGCAAACGACCUCGCCCUCCAACGCCUCCUCUCCGAAUCCCACCUCCUCGCCCGCCACGCCGUCACCCCCUUCACAAACUCCGCCAACUCACCCGCCUCCAAAUCCUUUUCCGAGGGGAAACUCCGCCAGCGCCAGACGGAUCUGCGCACGCAGUCCCUCGCCGGCGCUCAGGGCGUAGCAGGCGUCAAAUCAAUCUUUGUCCAAGAGAAAAUGCCAAUGGCGUUCCGGAAGGGAAUCGUCGCGAGUACGGCUGCGCGCGAGGAGAAGCGGAGGAGGACGGCGAAGGAGAAUGGCAUUGUGCUGGAGAGGGAGGCGCCGAAGAAGGUGGCGAAGCAGAGCGGGGCGGCCUAUAACUUUGUUCAAGGCGGUGGAUCUCAAAGAGACAAAGCGUUUCGCAAAAUGUCGAAGUCCGUUCAUGAUGCUUCACUUGCUCAUACGUGA